AUGCUGGGCUUCCUGGUACCUGGUCCUCUGGUGAGACUGUGCGUGGGCCUUGCAUGUGUCCUGUCCCUUUGGAACACAGUGUCUGGAAAUAAAGAUGUUAAGAAAGAAAAAGAUGUGGCUUUCCUUGUGUCUGGCUUUGAAGGAGAAGAGAAGAAGGAACAGGGGAUGGCCUUUCUUGAUACCACAGAACUGCCCGCAAGGUCAGUUGAUCUGUCAGCACUUAACCUGACAGAGCUGGUGAAUGGGAUGCUGAGGAGAGCUUUAAAAGACAGCAAGAGGUUCUUCUCCUUGCUGAGCAUCACCUCCUACAGUUCCUUUGCCUUCCACAAGUUGUCUGUGGCCAUUUACAACAUUUCCAACCUGAAGACCGUGGACCCAGUGAAAUUCCCCACACGCUACUGCUACUGUCUGAACAAUCGGACCAGUGACGUAUCAGAUUUCACAGCCCUGCUGGUGGAUGUUAUUGGGAAUUCUACCAGCUUCCUCACAGAAAUUUUUAAGUCGACCUCCAUCCUGUCAGUGAGUCAGAUGAAUGAAUCCGAUUGCAUCUUCAUCUGUACGAUGACAGGAAAGUCAGGACGGAAUCUUUCCGACUUCUGGGAGAUGGCAGAGAAAUCACCUGUUAUCAAUUACACAUUUACCAGCAGCAUGUCUGGUGUUCUGGGUGACAUCUACCAGGGGGACGGACGUGACGUCAAAGCUCGCGCCCACAAGCCAGCAGACAUGGCCAGGAACGCGCCCUCUGCGAGAAGCCCUGGGCACCAGAGUGUCGGUGCAGAGAACCUCACCCAGGAUGGAGACGACUCCUCCUUUGGAGGGAGAGCAGACGGCGGGCACAGACAGGCUCCCCCCGCUGCGUGCCAGGACCGCGGCCUCUGCGGGCAGUGCCUCUCCCACCCUUCCAGGCUUGGGCAGGCAUGGGCUUCCACACUGCCUGUGCCCUGGGCUCAGAGCAUCGGUGAGAAAACACCUGGAGCGCCUCCCUGGAAAACACGCUCCUCCACACCGACUUCUCCUGCUGAGGCCAUGAGCUCGAGAAGCCUGCCUGGGCCUCCUGCCUGGACAGCGGCCACACGUGACAGCCCAUCCCAGACCAGCCAAGCCACAGGAACAUUCACCGCUGGCACACAGACUCCGAGUCCAACCAAGGCACCGGCACCCAGAUACCCACAGACAGGUGACUUCCCUGCCGUGUUGCCGUUUGCUCCUGGAGAACAGCCAGCCUUGCUCCGAGGACCCCAUCGAGUUUCAAGGUGUCCUCAGCCGUUCCUCAAAGAAGGGGCCAAGACAGCUGCUUCUGUUACCCCGGCCAUCCAGAAGCUCAGCCCUUGCCUGAUGGAGCUAUGCCGCUUUUUCCAGCAAUGUCUCUGCAGGAGCCAGAGAAGAGACCCCAGGGUGGAGGCCAUGAGGUACUGUCUUGAACACUAUUCCUGGUUUCUGAAGAAUGCAACCUACAUCUGUCAGAGGGUGGAAAGGGUGUCCCACUCACACACCUUGAAACAAAAAUGCCUUGAAAACAUCUGCAAGUCUGUGUGA